UUUGUUUUUUCUUGAAAAUUAUAUACAGAAACAUUUUAUUUUAUGGAAGAAGAACAUGUAUAUUUGCUUAGAAAAUAUGUAUACCAACUAUUAAUUAUGCACGCGAAUGAUUUUUGAUCCAGAUUUUUAGCGAAACACACCACUUGCCUGAUUGAGUCAAUCAAACAAGAUCUGGUCGCAAAACUAAAUCCUAAUCAUAUCAAUCAAAUAAUUGUUAGCUUUGUAAGACAAGGAAGUAAAAAUGUACAGAAUGCUCAGACUAAGCAGAGAAGCAGAAUUUUUCUCUGCUUAUAGUAAUUUAAAAUGUCAUUACAAGUCUUGCGUCAUUUGCAUAAUUGGUCGCUGAGGAAAGAAAAGUUGCUAAAGAUAGAUGUCUCAUUACAUGAUAAAGCACAUACUAAUCCUUUUGUUGUUGAGAUGAAUGAAGUUAUUUCUAAGAAAAGAAAAGCAGCCAACUCCUUAAUAUAUCAAAAAUCAUUAAAGAAAAUAAAGAAAAUGGAUCGAAACAUAUCAGUGCUUAAUAAAUUUCAUAAAUCGAAACAUGCAAAUAAAUUAGAUCAAAAAAUAUUACAAAAGAAGUUUUUACCUUUAUCUAAAAAAAGAAAAUUAGUGUUUAUGAAAAAAACCCUGAAAUGUCAGUAUUGUUCUCGCAAAUAUUCAACAGAAAAAGUUCUUUUUGAGCAUGAGAAAGUUUGCACCUUCAUAAAUCAUGAGAUGUGUUCAACACAGAUGUCCACUUUGCUUUUUCCCUGUGAUAUCUGUUGUGAAAGAUUUAUCAAUCUGGAAGCUUUAGAGCAACAUCUCAAAUGCGAACAUCGCUCAAAGCCCUCAUGCGACAAGUGCUUUAAAAUGUUUGAGUGUCGUCGAAAACUUAUGGAGCAUGAUGAAUUUUGUGCAGGCAUGUUAGAUGGAAAACCUAUUAAAAAACAAACACAUGGGUUGAUCAGUUUUAUCUGUACAUCUGACAUAUAUAUGUGUAGUAAAUGUGAGAAUCCAUUUCCGUCUCAAAAUCAUCUCAGACAGCAUCAAAUUUUAUUGCGUAAAAAGAUGCCAAUUGAUGUAGUUUUAGAAAAAGAUUCUGAUUUACCAGCAGUUAUAGAGCUGGAUAAUUGCAACGAAAAUGAAGAAACUAGCAAGACAAUGGAAAUUAGUCUUAAUAAUGUUGUUUCUUUUCAGUACACAUUACCAUUUGAGCUGGGUGAAAACUCUUGUAUGUAUUGUGGAAAACUUUUUCAAAAUUAUGCAAGAUUAAUAAUCCACGGACAUAUUUGUAAAAGGAAGCUUCUCUAUUCGUGUUUUUUUUGUUCAAAAAUGCUUCGUAGUGAAUUUAGAUUGAACAACCAUCUCUCCUCAUGCUUAAAACGUAAGGUUUUGGGUCAGCGCCAAAAUGUUAAUUUAGCUGAACUGUUUAGUUGUCAAUAUUGCAAACUAUUAUUUCCAUUAAAAAGUUUAUGUAAGCAUCAUAUGCGAAUUGAACAUAAGAAUACUGAAAGAAACCUUCGAAAAUGUUACAUAAUAAAGUCAAAGGAAUUAAUUGGAAGUUCAAUAAAGAGAAACAUAGCAAACAAAAGCUUUAAAUCUUUUAAAGGAGGUUAUCAUAGAAAGCCAUUAUGUGGGUCAGAAAAUACUAGAACAUCUACCACUCCAACAACUAUCUUCAGUACAAAAAGUAUUUUAGUAGAAAAUCAUUUUGAAAAAAAACCGUUGCUAUGCAAAUACUGUGAUUUUGUUUGUAUGGCAGAAAAAAUAUUAGCAAAUCAUCUUAACGAAAAUCAUAUAAAUGUAUCAGAAACAAUUAAUAUUGGUAAAUGUAAAAACUGCUUCAACGUCUAUCUGAACGAGCAAGAUUUAAAUAAUCAUUUAUGCAAAAUUAAAAAAAUAUCUACUCCUGAAUCUAAUGUUGAUUUGUCAAGCAAUACAUAUAGCUUCCACAAUUAUAUCACUGACUCCCACAAUCAAGUUAAUAACAAAACUUCUCCUUUAUACUCGUGUUGUAAUUGUUCUCAGAACUUUAGACGAAAGAAGCAUUAUUUAAAGCAUACUCAGAUUUGCAAGUUUCAAAUUCCAAACAUAGUUAAUAUUCAUGAAAAUAAUUGCAAUUUAAAUCAGUUUUGUUACAUUUGUGGUUUUACUUUUGAUAAUAUUAUUUUACAUCUUGUUUCACACUCUCAUAAAAGACCGUUUAAUUGUAGUGUAUGUAAGUUUCGUUCAAAUCGAGCAUUUUCAGCAUAUAAACACAUGCAUAAAAAGCAUAAUAUAAUUUAUGAACCAUUUAACCACAAAAAUUCCGAUAUACAUUGUAAAGAACAUGGUUUUGAAAGCUGUAUCAAAUGCCAUAUCUACUUUCUUAAUCGCAAAGAUCUUUUAAAACACAGCGAACAAGAUUGUAUAAAUUUUCAAGCAAGAAUUCAAAAUAGAGAGAGAAUUCGCCAUUUACUCAAAGGUAAUGUAAAACUUCAAACUAAAACACAUUGUAUGAAUUGUUCUAUCAAUUUUCAUAGUAAAAAACUUUUACUUCGUCACCUAAAGUUUUGUCCAUUUAAAAACACUAAAAAUCAUAAUGAUGCUCCAUCCAAAACAGCUAGUGGGAAAGUAAAGCAAUGUCCUAAAUGCUUUAAAUCGUUUAAAUAUAAAUUACCAUUAAAAAAACAUGUUUAUAGAUGCUCAAAAUUAGCACACCCUGAAGAACAAGAAUCGCAAAUUAUUAAACCUGCUGGACCAGCUAUAGAAUCUCUUCUAGCAGAAAAUGAGGAAGCCGAUGUUGAUGUUGGUGUGUUAGUAAGUUUAGAAGAUGCCAAGGAAUCUUUAAUGUCUUUAAUUAUUGAUGAUAAAUGUUGCAAAGAAGUUGCAAAAGAAGAGAAAAAACUUGAAGAAUUAUCAAAUAAUGUCGUAACAACAACUACUAUAACCCUUCAUAGUAAGUUACUUGAAGAAAUAAAACAAAAUAACCCGACUGAAAAAAAGGCCAUUGCGGAAGAUAUUUUUUGUAUGGCGACGCAAUUAUCUAGAGGAGAAAUGAGUGCUUUAAAUAGUGGGAUUGGUUUUUUAGCUGGUGGUUACCGAUCUCCUAAAAAUGACACUACAGUGUUAAAUACCUUACAUAAUUCUAUAGAUAUUAAUAAUUCUAUAACAAGUUCACCAUUACCAAACCUGUUUAAUCGGGUAUUGCACAAAAAAGUCUCAAAUUCUUCAAAUAGUCGUGUUAAAUCAAUAGUUACUGAAAGUCAAUCCCAUAAAAAUGACCCUACUUUUUCAAACACCUCAUUGCUCCACAUUAGUACUGAAAGCCUCUUACCAGACUCAAUAUUACCAAAUCAACACAAUUGUCAAUCACGUGACAACUUUUCAGAAAAUAAAAAUGAUUCGAUAAAUGCCAAGUCUCGAAAAAAACGUUAUAAUUUUUUUAAUACAUUAAACAAAAAAAGCCUUUUGCCGGAUACUUUAUUGUCUACUCAAACUAAUCGUCAAUUGCCUGAGAGUGACGCUAGUUACUCUGAGAGUGGCGCUAGUCACUUUGACAAAGAAAUUAAUUCAAUAAAUGACCAAUCUCCUAAAAGUGAUUCAAACUUGUUAAACACAUAUAUUUGCACAGAAACUAAAAAUAAUUUAUCGGACUCUCCUGCAAUUGUUUGCAGUUACCGUUUAUAUCCUUGUCGAAAAUGUGGUGUGUUUUAUAGUGAACCUGAACAUCUUGAUAAUCAUGUACAUACUUUUCAUAAAAGUUCACCUGAAGUGAAUCCGACUGUUCAAUAUGCAGACGAUGCUAAUAUUGUAUCAUCAACUUGUAAAACUAAGAAAAGGUAUUCGAGCCUAGACUCAAUGAAGGUUGAUGCAACAUCGUCGAGAAGACUAUCGAGUAUCUCUGAUAAAGUUCCUGUUGAUAAUUGCCAUUCUUUUUAUUCAACGAAAUCAAGCAAUGAGUUUGAUUCUCCUAUAACUGAAAAAAAAAAGGAAUUUCAGCAAUACUGCGGAAAUUAUGUUAAUGAUAAGAUGACAAUGUCUCCACCCAUUGGCGAAGAUUACGGAACACCUCAGUUUUUAUGUUCUGUUCCAUAUAAGAAUCAAAAUUUACAUGAAGGAUUGCAAUAUACUACAGUUCUACCUUAUUCUCCAGUAUUUUUUGACCCGGCAUUAAGUCCCUACAUAUCGCAUGAAUCGUUAACAGUCAAUGGUUUAUCGUGUAAUCCAUCAAAUUAUAAUCCGUAUUAUAAUUCUUCGAUGAAUUUUUAUCGGACAUCAUAUCCUGAACCUCCUAAUUCAUUUGUUAUUUCGCAUCAGACUCCUCCUACUGUUGGAAGAUGGCCAUAUCAUCCUUCGGUAUUUCCCCAACCAAAUUUUAUGAACAAUUCUCGGCGUUUUGAUUGUACGCAGUUGCAAACUGAGAACAGCAGAAAUUUUUCAAAUAAUUUGAAUAAAAUUCCAUUAACUGUUGCAGAAGCAAUACAUCUUGAAACCCAAGCAACAAAGCAUCAAAUACUUAACGAACAAAGAAGUUUACCGUCACUUUUUUCAAAUGAUGAUUCAAAUCAUUUUUUAUUAGAUAAAUACCGGCUUCGACUUGCAGAAGAAAAUUUUUUACGAUAUCUUAAUUCAAAUUACUCAUUAUGUGGAGACAAUUCUUUUGACAAAUCUGUUUCUUGUACGCAAAUGGAAGGAAUUCUUGCCAACAAUAUAUAUUUGCCUGGUAGGAAAAAUAGUUAUAUGAAUAAAGUAAGUAAGCCAAACUUUGUGCAAAGCAAUAAUACUAUAAAGAGAAAUUAUGAAACUUUUUCAAAAACCAUACCAAAUACACAUAUACACCAAACCGCCCUACCAAAUAAACCAGAUGAAAUCAUAGACACAGUUCAGGAACCUUUUAAGCGCAGUCGACGAAAACAGUCUAAUCCAAUCAGGAUCUUAGAGAAUUAAACAAUAACAGUGGUUUAAUGUUAUUAAAAAGGGUUAUGAUAG